AAACGUUCCAUUUGUUCAAAAAUGUGUUGUAGUGGUCUGUUAUUUAGUUGAAUUUGAACCGAAAAGUUAAAAUAUUGAUUGCAAACGUAGUAUAAGGAAAUAAUGGUAACUACUCAAAACUAAAUCCUUCUUUAGUUAAAAUAAUUUGUAAUUUUAACGCCCAUGGAGAGUCGUGGCAGGGGCACCUUUCAGAUAUGGAUAGCUGCACUGAUGACGUUUAGUUCCAUUCAUCAAUCUGAAGCUGGCCAUGUAGUGGACUUACUUGAAGUACACGAUACGAGCGCUUCAUUCGAAGUGCAAGUACUUGGCUAUUUCAGCAACUACGUUUUGUGCGACGAGAUCGAAAUCAGUCCCUCGGACGCAGGAAUCAGUCUCUUUCCGACGGAGUCUCCCGAGAAACCGGGUGCAGUGUAUGCCAGUGGUCUACAACAGGAAACCUGCUACACUCUGACUACGAAAUGCUGUAAUUUGUACAGUAACGACCCCUCCACGCAAACCGGCCGAGACUGUUUUGGGGGAAGCGAGGACUUUUGUACAUUAGGUCCCCAAGUUCCCACUUGUGAUGACGUCACUGACACCUGCUCCACCGACAAUGACUGUCACCCCUCGGUAUACCCGCACGUGACUUGUGCCUCUGUGGGACCCCCAGAUGACCCAGGACCCAAGAACUGUAUAUGUGGGGAGGGGUGGUACGGCAACCCUAAAGAGCAAUGUUUGGAAAACCGUGCCAGAGCUCCUAUCUUCGGAAUGACGAUGGGCUGUUUCCCGGUGGACAAGACAGACCGCGUGAUCAAACGGGCUGCAGGGGACUACCGAGACUUCAGUCUGAACACGUAUGGGUGCAGGGAGACGUGCUCGAACCAGGAGACGAACUUCGCCGUGCUGCAGGAGGGCGACAUUUGCAUGUGUGCCUUCGACAUCUCGGCUCUGACUGGUCUGCAGGCGACAGAUGACAAGUGCAACAGCAACUGUACCGAGGAGGACCCAGACGACAACAAGUGCGGGGGCUUCCACGAGGCGGAGGGCGGUGAUGGAGUGGUCACUGAGAGCUACUCGAGUAUUUUCACCACCCAGAAGGGAGUUCCGAGUGUGUGGUUUGUGGAUCUUAACAAAAAACUGAUGACGAUGGAGCCAUCUAGUGCAAGACUAGACUACUCACCACCUCCCAACUUCUGCAAGGCGUUUAUGUACUACCAGUUUGACUUCGGAACUGGAGCUGGGUUCACUUAUCCAAAUAGCAACUCUUGGAUGACGUGGACAUAUACUGUGCCUGGAUCGUACAUCCUCACUGGGAAACUGGACGGAAGAUUCCCGCCUCUGGACGCGACCAAAGUGUCAGUUGGGGAGGGUGUGGCGAAGGAGGGCGUGGUGGUGGGGUGUGGGGAGUACUACAAGUACGGGGUGAAAAGCAACUGCAGUGUGAGUAGCAUAGUGGGCACGGGACUGAAGGUGGACAUCUACUGGGGCGACAGGGACAGACGCCAGUUCGACUAUUCUAGAAUUGAGGACCCGUAUCACUGUUUGGCGGGUAACCCAGUGAUGCAGACAAUUAACUGUGUGGACUAUGCCUCCUUCGGAUUGUCCUACCGUCCCGAGAGUUCCUACUUCUAUUCCACUGGGGGAGGGAAGGUACUGAUUGACCCCAAGGCCCAGUUCUCCUGCGAGGGAGUCCUCAAAGGGUUCGAGUACUUCGUCAAAGCAGCAUCAGCUGGAGACGUGAUCAAAUUCAGGCUCUACGAGCCGAGUUGUGCGGGUGGCACAGUGUACUGCUACGAGACAAUGGAAUGUCUUGCCGAGGGAGAUCCCUGCCUGCCCCCCUUUUCAAGCGACUGUGGGGACGCCUUCUGUCAGUUGGGGGGAGGGUGUACCGACGGAAUGUGCAGGAGUGCCAAUCGGUCUGAGGCGUUCAAUGGCGUGGGGUACACUAUGGUUCCAGAUGCGGAAUGGACGGUCACCCUUGACGCCGACUGCGCAAGUGGGUGUGGGUGUCAUGGAAUAUACAAACUCGAUCUCGGAACCUUCGAGGCGCCGGACCACUUCCGUGUCUAUCCAGGGUAUAUUCUGGCACUAGACCCUGGAACUGCCAAAGUGUACUACACUGUGGAUUCCACUUCUACUGAUGUCGUCUAUGAGUUCACGUCUGGUCCCGGUCCCUUCCAGGGCGACCCCGCUGGAACUGACGUGGCCAGUUAUCCGGGCACAAGCGACACUGGCUAUGGCAUCAAGUGGGCAUUCCAGGGACACCUCGCCCAAGUUUCUACCAUCAAUCUCACUAAUCUUCUUCCGGCGCCAUACUAUGACCUCAGUUAUGACGUUGAGAUCUGGGUGACAGCUGACAAAUUCAACGACGAUCCCGACCUCCUAGUCGAUGACGUCAUCGACGGGGUUCAGAAGACAGACGUGCCCGUGUAUUACUACCAGUUCAGGGUGUUUGUUCACGAGGGCAUCAAAGACAUUUUGGUGACCCCUUUGUACCCAUUUCACCCCUUCGCACAAACACUGUCCAGUUACAAAAUAAAAGUGGAUGUUGAUAAUCCAGCAGCAUUCUACUUCGGUUUGAAAAUCAGCAUUAGUUGGGGAGACGAUAGAGACACCCUGACCAACGAGGACUUCAUAAAAGCUACCGAAUUCGACCACGUCUAUCUGGCUACUACCCCAUUCGAGGUCUGCAUUCAAGUCGAAAACGAAGUGUCUAACGCCGAGGUUUGUUGGAAUGUGAAGCCGAAGCACCCUGUACUCGACAAAUAUGAAGUUGAGUUUUCGGAUGCCGCCAUUGGGUGUUUGUGCGGGGCCACACCGUUGCUAGGCAAUCAAGAUGGUGUGCUGGACGUCAGUCUUAUAAUCCCCACAGCAGAGGCCGCCCACUUUGUAGACUUUUUUCCAACCAAUGCGACUGCGUACUUCGACUGGGAUCCCGAUGUCGAGGACUUGCAAUCAGUGGAUUUGGUGUCUGGUGCGCACACUCCCAGCAACCCCAUAGUGUUUAAUGUUGUCUACACUUCGAGUGGAUGUCGCAAUGUGACGCUUACUGUCAGCAAUGUCAUUUCGAUGAUCCGGUUCAAGCAAAGGGUGUGUGUUUACGAGAGAAUCACAGGCGUGCAAAUUGAGGAAUUCGUGUCUAUGCUAGAGGGACAAGUGAUGGAAGAAGAUCCAGUCACGUUUCCAUCUGAUUCCACAGUGUGUGACUAUCCGACCACAGAUACCAACUGCAAAAUAUACCUGAACAGAUAUCACUACCACAGGAUUACAAUGAAUCAAACAUCAACUAUGGUGAAUCAAACUUUUGAGUGGCAGUGGAACGAUGAGUCAGAUAUGCCUGAAGAAGUGAAGAUCAACUCACCAGUUGCAUUACACAAAUUCUACUACUCGACCUAUGGUCUUCAAAACUAUGUGGAGCUGGGAUCAUUGGCAGUGCGACUUUCACACCCACUUCAGAACGAUGAUUCAGGCCCGAACGCAGCGGUUCUACACCCGAUCGUGUCUUCCGAUGGCUAUGUGUACCGAAUUGCCCUGGCGCCUUCUGUUCCUCAAGUUAGGGCAGUCAGUUCAGUUUGGAAGCUAGAGGACACUGUCGAAGCCACUCUGGUACUCGAAGAUGUGGGUUGGAAGACUUGUUGCUUCACUUUCUGCGAGGGAUGCACACAGCCUCUGGCAUUCCUGCAAUCCUUUUACGACAGCGAAGAUCUCAACACCGGGGCACCCGAUCCCGACGGAAACCUGAGAAAUGGAUAUGACAGAUGCAACAGUCAGUCUAACUCUAGCAACGCCUGGGCCAAUGAAAAUGCCUACAUGUACAUGAUGAACAACCAGAGAGAGGACUCUGAAGACGGAGUGGACUGGGAGGGGUGGCAGGGGGAGGGGGACACAGCCCAGACCAAUUUGCCCAACAGAGUAAUAAGGGAGAACGUUAUUCAAGUGAAGAAGCACUUCGGCGCAGACCAGAAGUCGUACCUUUUAAACUACUUCUGCUGGAACCCCGUAGGAGAGGUGCACACAGUGUACGAGUUCUCCCGCAUGGAUCCCAUCACUUGUGGCUUCCCCAUUGUGUCCAUCGACUACAGGGGAUCGGAAGUCUUCGCACCCCACAGGAUAUACAACAAGGACAAGAACUUCUUGACCGGCAACGUCAUUAUCAACUGCGACGACACUCUUAAAAACCGAAAGUGGUGGACUUGUCAGCAGUACAGUGAACGAACCGGGAAGUCCAUUGGGGCGUCAUUCACUCCCCCAUUUCCCGGAAACGACACUGCAGAACUGGUGCUUCCGGCCAAGGGGCUGGAGUACGGGGUGUUCAAGUGCACUUUGAGUGUACAGAUGUUGGUGAAUUAUGAAUCCCCGGUGUACUUGAACUACGCCUUUACUUACAUCAAGUUGGUGUCAUACAAGUUGCUGGGCCAGAUGUACCAUUCGGUCACGAGUCUGGACUUGGGCAUGGACCAGGAGGUGUUGCUGAACCCGGGCAAAUACUCCAAGGAUAUGGAUGUCGAUGGAGGGUCUUUCGUUGACUUCGAGUGGUAUGGCAAAUGCGGAGACGAAGAGUACCCUCUGAACAAUUUGGGUGAACUGAACCGCAACUACCCCCCUCCCCUCCCUCUCGGUCAGCAGCCUGGACUCGCGGGGGGCUUGGAGGGUCAGGGCCCUGGACGAAUUGCAAACACCAGAGGGGACCUUCUACUGGUUACUAGGGCAUUUGAUGGAAUGCGAGCCGAUGUGGCGUGUGAGUUGAUGGCCAUUUUCAAGAAGAGCCCUGACCCCUUCUACAGAACAGGACAGGCCAUCAUCUCCAUCAACGUGUUCGAAGUCAGCGUCCCCACCUUCCAAGUCAUAACUGGAAACGGAACAACAGCCGAACCAGUCAUCACAGCCGACAAGCGUCCGGCUCAGAAGAUAAACCCGAUCGGAUUUUUUCGAGCACUUGCAGACUGCACCGGAGCAACAGAUUGUUCCAAGACCAUGUUCCAAUGGAAUCUCAGGUGUCUGAAACCAGGACUUGCAGACCCUGUGAACUUCAAGGACAUUCUGAACUUUGACAAUAUAACUAUGACUAAUGAUCCCUUGUUGCAGCCAGCUGAGAAACUUAGGGUCACUACUAAUCUUCAGAGGAUUGGCAUCCCCAUGGCACUGUUGUCGUCCCAAAUAGAGGCGGGGGUGGUAGAUUGCUACUUGGCCCUCAAAAUGUGCAGCCCGAGGACAGAACUGCAGAUUGAAAUGGGACUUCCGCCUGCCUGUGGUAAUGCGGGAAUGUCGAUUGUGUUGAAUAUCCCUCCCAAAGGCGGCAACAUGACAGUGGAGCACUUCCCCCUGAUGAGUUUUGGCAAUUGUCUGGAGAACUACCUCUUCUGGAAGUUCUCUUUCAAUGGCUGGGUUGACCCGGACGACGGGUGCAUCAAGUCCUACAAAAUAAUACAGGUCAGCGGAGCCAACAUGUUGGACGUGCCUGUGAACCAGGAAAUCAGGAGUCUGGAGGCCUUCAAGGUCCAGCAAACUGCUCUUUACAGUGGCCCUCAGAACCCCUACAAUGAGAAGAUCAAGUACGGAGACAAAGGCAAAGACUGGGCUGUGGUGCUGUGCGUCAGGGUCUCCGACUGCUUCGGCGCAUUUGUGUUCUACUGCGUCAAAGAUAGAUUCAUGAAAGUGAAGAUGUCGGAAAUGGUGACGUGUCAAGACGUGAACACGACCACUCUGUACCCUCCGACAGAAAACGUGACCUUGACCUACCCCAGUGAGUUCAAGGUCAAACAACUGCUCACAGACGACCCAUAUGCCCUGGAAACUGAGACCAGAAGUGUCCAGUUGAUGAUUGAAACUGCAGUUCAGCAGAACAUGUCGAAAUACGUGGCGGAACAGAGCAAUAGGAACAUUACGGCAUUCGCUUUAGCCAUGGUGACCAUGUUGAAUGAAUUAAUGACCGAACUGGACGAGGAAUUAACGUCUAUUGAGGACGAAAUGAAGCAUCUGGGUAGUGAAGUUGGAAGAGUGGUGGGGGGAGAGGAGGAGGAGGAAGAACUCGCUCUCAUUCUGCAGACAAAGGCCACCCUCAGAGCACAGGCACAGAAGACCAAUGAGGAGAUCAAGCAGCAGAUCCUUGUGAAUGUGGAUGGAGGUCUGAUGGGCUUAAACAGUCCAGAGGUCAUUGACUCAGUGUCCAGUGCUCUUAAAGACUCCACCCAGAAGACAGGCGAACUCACCGAAGCGUCCAUGAACUCGGUAAAGAGCCUGAGCUCCGGAAUAGGGAGCAACUUGUUGGAACAGGCUAGCACUCUAGACCAGGGGUCUCUGGAGUCCAUCACGGAGUCCUCAGUAGCAGCAAUAUCCAGCAUAUUCAUGGGUAUCAGAGAAAGGGUUGGAGAAGAUCGUCUGGCAGCUGAAAAUGACACCACAACUGAUGUCACCAAUGGUCCAAUGGAAGAGUUCAAUGGCGAAGCAGUGACCGGAACACCUGCCCCUCUUGCGGGUAAAAUGGAGGAAUGGGGUCUAGAGCUGCUUGGGAUGAUUGACACGAUAGCGAAGUCGUGUCAGAUGAACAAACAGGCAGACGAGCCCAGCACCACCCUCGCCACCGAUAGCAUGGGCGUCGACCUACUCAAGCAGCAGAAAGACGCCAUUACAGGGGGCGAUGACGGCAUGACUUUCUCAGUGAAAGCCUUGAGUAUGGCUCAUGCUCCUAAGAUAGCCCUGCCCAAUUUCGACUACCUGUUAGACGACGCCUCCUCUUGGUCGCCGAGUACAGCCAUCAGUAUGCAGAAUUUGGCCACCCCUAGUCCUGGUCUGUUCGGAGUGCCUGGAGACUACCUGGUGCAGGGCAGUGCCAUGGUCCGAAUUGUCUUCUCAAAUGACCAGGAAGAUGGACCCCUGAGCGUCCCGGAGGCACGCAAGGCGAUAGACAUGCACAUACCCAAAGAGGACACCGGCAACUUCGAUGUCAACUACGAAGUGGUCAAGGGAUCUAUGGAACUGGGCAAGGAGCACCAGUUCAUUCUGAGGAGUAUCGAGUUGGGUGGGGAUGUGGCGAUCAGCAUCCGAGUCAAAUAUGUGGCACAGUUAGUGGACGAGUGGCUGUGUGUCUAUGUGAGAAGAGGCAAGGAACCAUAUCAUGACCCCACUCUUAAUACAUGGGAGUAUGACUUCUUCGAACGACUCCCGAGGGACCUGACUAGAUCAGAGCAGAGGAGACACGAGGGUGUGGAGUACCCUGACCAGUACACUUACAUGAUAGAGAACCACCUGCUGGAGGACAGUGGGACCUACCACAUAGGGGUCAGACCCUGCAGGAAGAACUUCGACUACUUCUACUUCGACCAGGAGACCAUCUCCAACAAGGUGUUUUCAUCUGACUUUGAGUUCAACGUGUGGUCGCAGGGCUGCUACUUCAUGGAGGAUGACGCCAGCAAGUCCUCGCCUAAAGACUACUCCACUAGGGGUUGUGUGGUGGGCAGUAUGUCGAACAAGUAUGGGACGGAAUGCAUGUGUAUGCAUCUGACCGCCUUCGCCGGAAGCACCCUGGCCCCCGCUCCCCCUGCCCUGGACUUCUCAGCCAUGAGUUUCAAGUUCGAAGACAUGUACCCUGUCUACUGUGUGUUGCUCCUACUCUGGAUGGUCUACAUUCUACUCAUGCUGUGGUCACGCCGCAAGGACAGACAAGAUAUCGCCAAGCUCGGUUUCACCCCUCUGCCCGACAACGACCCAGCUGACUUCUACAUGUACGAGCUGGCCAUCCAGACUGGCAUGUUGAAGGGGGCAGGCACAACUAGUAGGAUCUACUUCUACGUUGUGGGGGAGUUGGGCAGAAGUAGAAUACACGUGGUGGAAGAUCCAUACAGGGAGAUAUUGAAGAGAAACAACAAGGAUUUGUUCUUGCUUUCAACUCCACGUUCUCUGGGUCGUCUGUCCAGUGUGCGUCUGUGGCAUGACAACUCUGGAGUGGGGUCCGACCAGAGCUGGUUCUGCGACUACAUCGCCCUCAGAGACACACAGACUGGCGAAAAGACUUUCUUCAUGGCCUACCGGUGGUGGUCGCUGGUGCACGAGGACGGGUCCAUAGAUCGGACCAUUGAGAGAACGGAGCCAGAGAACAUGAAGAAGUUUCGCUACAUGUUUGCUUCUAAGACAAGGGAGAAACUGAAUGAUGGCCACUUGUACUACUCCAUCUUCGCCCGACCGGUCGAGAGUCAUUUCACGCGCUGCCAGAGGUGUUCGUGUGCGAUGUGUGUAUUGUUGCUCGAGUUCUGUGUGAGCGCAGUGUACUACCAGACCAAACAGAGUGUCGAUGACUCAUCCACAGUCUGGGUCGGACCCAUCAAGUUCAACAUCGCCGAGCUGGGCGUGAGUUUCAUGUCUUCUCUGAUGGUGUUGCCUGCUUCUCUCCUAGUUGUGCAAUUGUUCAGAAGAACCAAACCAUUUACCAGUGGGAACGAAGAGGAGCUAGAUGACCUGGACGCAGAAGAAGAAAUGUUGAACUCAAGCCGUCGGAAGCGUCGAGAGGAGGAGCGAAGGAAACGGGAAGAGAAAAAGAAGGAGGAUCUGACGAAGUACCUCAAAGCAGCCGGACUCACUGUUGAGACGAAAGAGCGAAAGAAUUCCAGCGACUCACGUUCGGGUCUCACUCAAAACAUGGAGACAUCUACUUCGUGGGAUGGACAAAGGGUGUCGUCCGGUCAUUCAGAGCACAGUGGAAGUACUGGAACAAAGAGUUCCCUCAAACAGCCAGGGACAUCCUCUCGCGUUGGAUCCUCGAAGAGCGUACACAUACGAGACGGGUCUGAGGUUCCAAAAGACACCUCCAAUGAGGACGCCGGGAGAAGUAGGAGCCGACUGGUGGUAAGUGUGAAUCGAGAUAACAAUGAUGACACCGUGGACCCCUGUGACCUUGGAGAACUGUCAAUCUCGGAGUCGAGUGAGGAGAGCGAGUACGAGACAGAUGAGGAGGAAUUAGACCUGGACUGUUACGAGAGGGUCCGAAGGUCCAAGUGGUUCUGCUGCAUACAGUGUCUGUUCGGAUGGGGAGAGAAGGGCAGAAAAAGACAUCCAAUGAUGCUGCCUGCCUCUUUCAUCUACAUCGACUGGCUGUUCGUCUGCAUAAUCCUUCUCACCACCUCCGUCGUCAUUACCCUCUACGCAGCCAUGAUCGCAUUCAACGGGGGCAGUGCCCUCGUCACAAAGUGGCUGGUGUCCAUGAUCGGGUCCAUGACUAUGUCCAUAUUCCUCAUGCAGCCACUCAAGAUUCUGAUUCUGGCCAUGAUUAUUUCUCUCCUCUGCCAGAGAAGGGGGAGGAGAAAUGAGGAUCAAUUGGAACUCAUGGACGAAAACUUCGAGGGACUCACAGAAGAUGAGUUGAAAUUGCUGGAUAAACUGGAGACGGACUACGGCAAAGACAAACACCUCUACUCGGGCGAGGAGGUGGGUGACAUCAUAGUGGGCAAGUUACCCGACGAGGAGUUUCUGGACGAGGGGUGGGCCAAGAGGAACAGAGUUAAGACUACGUUGCUGCCGGGUCAGCUGACAAGAAAACGGAAGAGUUUCCUGAGGGAAGUGCGACAGAAGGAGAUUGCGAUGUUUGGAGUUGCGAGGGAGAUCUCGAUGUACCUGGUGUUCGUCUGGCUCCUUUUCUCGGUCUGCUAUGUGGAGAAAGACGCAACUGGAUUUUACCUCUACGAUCAGAUCAAGAGCGAAAUGUUCACCGGCUCACUGAACAAAGUGUACGACAUCGACACUUACUGGGAUUACUUGAUAGACCACUUUGCCCCCAAAAUGUACUCGAAUGAAUGGUACAAUGGGGACAGACCCCUGGGACUGUACCAGUACUUCGCUGACAAGAUAAACCUCGUCAUAGGCUACUCCGUCGUCCGACAGAUCCGAAUCAGGAAACAUCUUUGCAUGCCGUACAAGAUCGGAAGACACAACAUAUCGCGGGAGUGCAAUCCCCCCUUCGCGGCCGAAUUCGAGGACAGGGGGAGGUAUGGACCCGGCUGGGUGAGAUUUGAUGCCAACAACCCCUACCAUAUACUCAGAGAAGAAUACAGGUACAUUGAUGCAGAGGAGAUAGAUGGCCAUCCGUUCUGGGGUCAGUCGGCCACCUACCCGGGAGGGGGAUUUCUGGUCAGACUGGAUGGAAACAAACAGGACUCUCUCAACAAACUCAACAAUCUGAAGAAUGAGAAGUUUAUCGACUUCUACACUCGGGCGAUCCUGCACGAAUUCUCCAUCUACUCGCCCACUUACAAUCUGUUCGCUGUGGUCACUAUGGUGUCUGAGUUCAGGGCCUCAGCCGGGGUGUUCUCCUACUACUACUGUGACCCCCUCCGACUCAUACAGUACCACGGACCCACCGCACCCUACCAGAUCGCAGUCCAAGUUGGCCUUGGCAUCUUCCUGGUCGCCUUCAUUUUUCGAGACGGGCGAAAAAUCUACAAACAGAGGAAGGCGUUCUUCAAGAAGUCCUGGAACGUGAUCGACUUCACGGUGGACAUCCUGGGAGUGCUGGCGAUUGUCCUCUUCAUCUACCGCUACACUGAGACUGAGAGUGCCAUGUCCAGAGUAUCGCUGGUCGGAGGUCGCAAGUUUGUGAACCUCAACUACAUUGUGACGCUGUCUCUGGUCUAUUUGAUCAUCCUGGCGUCCAUCUGUUUCGUGUCGACCAUCCGAUUCCUGAAGAUCUUGAACUUCAACAAGAAGAUCUCCAUGUUCAGAGACGUCCUGGUCUCCUGUCGCACUGACUUGAUCUCGUUCGCAGUCAUGUUCGUCUUCCUGCAGGCUGGUUUUGUGACGAUGGCGUACAUGUUCUUUGGCAGUUUCCUCGUGCGAUAUGCCACCCCCUUCCAGACUCAGCAGUCUCUGUUCAACAUGCUACUGGGAAAGUUCUCAUUCGAGGAACUGAUCCAAAUAGACGAGACUCUUGGGGCCAUUUUCUUCAUGAGUUACUCGAACUGCAUGAUGCUCAUUACAAUGAACAUAUUCGUCGUCAUUCUAGACGCGUCUGUCGGUGACGUCAACGAAGGUCUCGCGGAGAAGUCGAACGAGUACGAGAUCCUGUCGUUCCUCGGAGGACGAAUGAAGUAUUGGGCGGAGAAGCAGGCGGGAUCGGCCAAGAAGACUGUCGUCGACAUGAAGCACCGCAAGGAGAUCGACGAGCGACGUACCCUUGAUAACAAAAUUGAGAAUCUGCCGCACAAAUUCAACCACCUGGUUGAUCUAAUCAACGACCGGUACUUCGACGGACAAGAAGUAUUCCACAUCCAAGUCAGCGACUACAAAGACAUUCGGAUGCUGGAAAAGGCGCGCAAAAAAGCCCCCCGCGAGAUUAAGAAAUCUGAAAUGGGUGGGGACGGUGAUAAUGAACCGGAAGCGGACGACGAGGAAAGUACGGACAAUGAAAUUUACGAAAGGAUGACAAAUGAUUUCAACACGCUCAUUCCAGCGCCUAAAUCCGCUUCGGUUCCCUCGAAGAAACCAAAAUUUUGAUCAGAAAGUCAAUAACUGUGUGUGAGCAUGAAAAUAUUGAACAGAAAUACUGAAUACACUUUUCGUCGUGAUGACUUUAAAAAACAGCGAUUUAAAAAACGCUCAAUAAUGCAAAAUGGUUUGAGUUUGUUGUGUGUAAAACUUUCAAAAAAUAUAUAUUACCAACAAUUGAAUUUUGGUUGUUAA